AUGCUUGUUGAGCCGCGGACUGACCGUCAAAUAUCUGGAAUCAAACACAAUGAGUGCUCUAUAGAGUCAAUAGUCAACAGUCAAGCUUUCCGUAAGGAAAAGAUCGACUUUCCGAACCCCAACUUUCGUGUUCUGGUAAAACAAAUUGCGCAAAAGAUUCAGAUCUUAUCGCCUGACAAUGAGGGUUUUGACAGGAUACAACUUCCAAGGUCACCUGCAUAUGUCAAGGAUUCCUCGUGGGCUUAUAGGUGGGACAGCGAACUGUGGUGGAUUGUGGAGAGGAAGAGAUCUCCCGGGAAUCCUACUGAUUUGAGGUUAAUCGAUUGA